AUGGAGGCCCCGUGCGCUCGCAGCUUCACCUCUAGCAGGUCACUGCCUCGCGCCGUCCCCGUUUUCGCUCAUCCUCAAGCGCGGCCACGCCUGAAGACCGCUGUCCCCGCCCCCGCUUCUCCUUCCCCGACCGGCUCCUCCAUCGGACUCCGUCGAGCCUCGUCGCCCCCGACCCGAGCCGCCACGACAUCGCCGGAUCGCUUCUCCGGCCUCGCCCUCACCGGACCACCUCGACCCCCACUGCCUAACCCCUACCGCCCUUGUGAGCUGCCCCUCUCCUCUCUCCCCUGCGCGCCCUACCUCUCCCCCGCGCUCGGCUCCGCCGUCGCCCGCGGACAGCCUCACCCGUCCAACCUCCCGGUGCCCCGCCCGCGUGUCUCGCUUCGGCACCCUACCUCCGGCCUCCUUUCCACGCCCGCAGCCCCCACUGCCGCGUCGCCCCGCCUGGCCUCGCAAUUUCGCCGAGCCGCGCCUCGCUGCAUGCUCGUCGCCGCCAGCGCCUCUGACCGCGCGUCGCCAAACCCCCUGCUCCUCGCGUCGCCGCCCCCUGCUGCUAAAGCGCGCGCCCGCGCCGUUCCGUUGCCCCCCGCGCCGCCGCUGCCGUCCUGGUUGGCCGCCGGCGCCACCCCCUCAAUCAAGCCCCUCCCCCUCCCCACGAAGGGCAUCUCCUUCCUCGCGCGCAGCGACAGGGGGGCACACCGGCCGGCAAGGCGCGUCGCGGUGGCCGACCUGCCCAGCAUGGUGCGCCCUGGUGAUGUGUCCAGCCGUCCUCACGACAAGGCUUGGAUGCUUCUGCCGCCGGGCAGAGGGCAGGCGAACGAGGUCAACGGCGAGCGGGGCCGCUCCAGCUCCACCGAGCACCGGGGUCGCCGGAUCCGCCUGAAUCCAGGGCGCCCCGCCGACCGCUGCUUCACGAACCGUAGACCACCGCUGGGAUCUGACGAUGCCAGACCACCUGCCCAGCCGUCGCGCGUCAUGGUGAUGUGUCGCGGGCGCGCCCAGCAGGAGGACGAGCACGAGGCCGUGUCGUUGUGCCACGAGCGCGCCGACCUGCCCGCGGUCGAUGCCCACCACCGUGACGCGCUCGGGGACGCGCACGCCUUGCUCGUCGGCUCACUCCUGUCCAUCUCCUCGCUCCACCCUCGUCGGGAAUGGUCGUGGCGCUGUGUCAUGGGUGCGCCGAGCAGGAGGCCAUGGCGCUCUGCCGGGGACGCGCCGGCCUGCUUGUCGUCGCCGUCGGCCACCGCGACGCGCACGCCGCGCUCGCCGGCUCACUCCUAUCCAUCUCCUCCUCGCUCCACCUUCUCCUCGUCUCCGCGACCGCCCGGUCGGCGGGCGUCUUCCGGCGGCGGCGACGGGAGCCGAGCUCUGCCGGGCAUGGUCCGGGGGCUGAUUACUUUUUUUAAAAUCUAUUAG